GUUUAAUUUACAACCCAUGAAGUUGUAUUUAUCAAUACACAGAGUUGUAAACACAAGUUAUAUCAGAAUACUGUAACAUUCAGUUAACCAAAUUUAACAGAGCCCCAGAAAUAGUUUUGACUACAAGUAACUUAAAAUAUCACCAUUAGUAUCCAUUAAAUGAACAAUGGCCCAAAAUAGUUUUUCCUCCCACUCUAUAGUACAAGGAUUUCCUCUUAUAUAUAAUAUGUAUUUCACUUCAAAUCAUGUUAUGUGGAAUGAAAUUGUUUGUAAAGCAUUUUACAAUACAUUAAUACCUGCAUGUGGUAAUCUGACAACUUAAAAGGCAGCUUUAAGGGAUCAAAAAUCAGUUCUCAACCAAGUUAAUUCCCCUAACUCUCUGAAAGAGAUGUAAGAGAAACUAAACCACAAACUGUGUUAAUUUUUAUUAUACAGGUCUGCAGAAAUUUUACUUUUAUCACCAUUCAUUACCUCACUAAUGAAUGGUGCACUAUAUCAUCUGGACUGUAGCAGAACAUAUGUCAGAAUGCUUUUCCACUAUAGCUCUGCCUUUAACAUCAUCCCGCCAGAUAAGCUGGAAGGGAAGCUGACUGAUUUAGGGGUCCCGCCCACCGCCUGCAAUUGGAUUUUGGAUUUUCUUAUGGACAGACAACAGGUGGUGAAGAUGGGGGACAAAGUUUUAGCUCAGCUCACUGUCAGUACUGGUUCAUUACGGGGUAGUUGCCUAAGCCCAAAACUCUUUACCCUGUACACCAGUGAGAGUUUCUCCACCCGGGAAGACACCAUCAUCAUUAAAUACGCAAAUGACAAAACCAACCUGGGUCUGAUUGAAGGUGGACAUGAGUCAGUGUACAGGGAAAAGGUUAACAGCAUCUUAGACUAUGGCGAGGAGAAUGACCUUAUCCUCAGUGUGGGGAAAACAAAGGAACUGAUAAUGGAUUUCAGGAAGAAAGCAUGCCCUCAGCAGGACAUUAACAUCAAGGGGACUGUGGUGGAGAGAGCGGACUGCCACAGGUUCCUCACCCUCCAGGUGGCGGCAAACCUAAGCUGGCCCUUAAACACCACUGCCACAGUGAAAAAAGCCCAGCAGUGUUUGUACUUUAUCAGGCUGCUCAGGAAAGCUGACCUGAGCCAUCGUCCUCUCACACAGGCAUAUAAAGGUCUGGUUAAAAGCAUCCUCACCAAUGAUGGAAAUACCACCCAGACAGAGAGGAAAGCUCUUCAGAGGGUUAUAAAAACUGCAGAGAGAAUUAUUAAAAUAAAGAUUCCUUUCCAUGGACAUGAUAUACACACAAUGCUGCAAGAAGGCAGCACACGACAUCACAAAAGAAAUACACCAUCCAGCACACACACUCCUGAGGAACAAACCGUUAACAUACAAUCUCAGAUGCAGUAGAGUGGACACGGCAUCUGCAGACAACCACAACAACCCUUGAUGUCCGGUUCUUGAGUGAUGAGUUUACAGUCAUCCCUUUCAGUUCAAAGUUGUGUCCUCCCACUGCCAGACUGCAGUUUUAUUGUCCUGGUAAAGCGGAG